AUGCUUUGUCGUUUGAAGCAUGGCGCCUUGGCAGUGGCUUGUUUCUCUGCACCCGUGCUGGCCUGUGUGGACAACAGUACUAACGCAACUGUGACUGGCCAGGCGCAUGAUAGCAUCUUGUGGUGGACACAUCCAUAUGAAGUCUUUCACUUGGAAGAGGUGACGAUUGUUGUGCUUGUGGCUAUCACCUUGAUGGUGGAUAGCGUGCAGCACCAGCUGGCCAAGUACACUCGCUCCCGAGGCUUUUGGUCAGACGACUUCGAAGAGGACACUCUGCAUGAAAUAGACCAUCGCAGCCGUGAACCCAUGGCGUAUUUGUUGUUCAACCGGGGCACGGCGGAGUUCACCGUGCUGGGCAUCAUCGCGUGUAUCGUGUGGGCGUGCAACCGCACGGGCGUGUUCUACGCGAUCUAUGAACUUACGGAAGACGUGGAAGAUAUCGCACUGCCCCAGGAUGCAGCUGGAUAUCAUCACAACGUCGAGAGCGUUCACAUGCAUUUGUUCGUGACCUAUUUCCUGUACUAUGCCAUCAUGGCGUGUAGCAUCUUCGUUGCAGGACGUUGGAUGCGGAGCUGGGCGGCUUCCAACGUGGUGUACAAGCGACAGAUCCGUGCCUUCCGCGCAGGGAAGGACUGUUCGGAAGAAUUUAUAGAAUCAGAUUGGCCUCCGGAGCAUGUCACACUGCGUCAGACCUUUUUGAUGUCUGUCUCUAGCUGGCGAAAAGCUUCGGACCGCCUCGACACUAAGUUGCAGGCGGUGGUCCAGAAGUACCGCGCAGAGAUGGAUGAAGACAGAAUCCAGGAGUUUCUCACAACUCGGUUCCCUUUCACACCCUACGUUGUUGAGAACUACCGUGACAUGUUGGAAAACAUGGUGAUCGUCCGGCUUGAAACACUGGCCUGCAUCGGGGUCAUAGAAGGUGUGCAAGCCACGUUUCAUAGAUUCCAGGUUGACUUUGACUUUAGCUAUGCUUGGAUCGGCGUCUUUGCAUUGGUCCUGGCUGUGUUGUAUUUGUACUCUUGGAUUUUCCACCACAAAUUGCUACGAGGUCAAUAUUUGAAGGAAGAUUUAUCCAAUGAAGCUCUGGUGAAAUUGUCCAGUGUGCCGGGACGGAUUUGUUUGCUGAUCCAAGUCUGCUCCUUGCUGUUUUGCUUCGCUUUGACUCGCCCCCUUGCACACUCGUAUGUAUGGAUCUUGAGCCAAGCUCGCUCCAUCGCGCACAGCGUUGCCUGUUUGAUCCUGAUACCCAUCGCUGGGCUGCUACUGGGCAAUCUCCUCGCGCAGCUGGCGGUGGUCUUGUCGUGCUUACCCCAACGGCCUGUGAAUGAAGCGCGUAUUCGCCUCAUUUGGGACAGGCACAUCCUGGCACGGAUCGUGUCCUCAGGCGACAUCAAGCAGGUGGCGGUGAAGGAAGUGAUGAGUGAUCGUCAGCAAAGUUUCUGA